CUUGGGAAAGAUGUAGGCUGAGGCUUUAACCCCUCUAGGAAAAGCAGAAGCAACAUUCUUCAGGAGAGGCAGAAGAUAACUGCAGCUGGUUGCUUUAUGGGCAACCAGUGUCAUCCAGUGUCAGGAAGUGAAUGAUGGAAUGUACAGUCUCAUGCAGCUGGGCUUGAAUUGCUCUGAUGUGAGCUAAGGGAGAAGAGAGCGACAACUCAAGUGACUGCCUGGCCAGAUAAUAUAAAUCCUAACAGCUUGAGGAUCCUCUGCUUCUGCUUUCCCUAUUUGAAGUGCAAGGAACCGUAAAGGAACUGGAGAGAUGGACAGGAAUGGAUCUGAGAAGGUAAAAGUCCGGCUUUCUAAAAGCCUGUCAGAGGGUGAAAAAGCAAGUAUUGCCUUUAGAAAAGAAGAAGUGAAGAAGGGGCUUGCCAAGCUCGGGAUUCCAUCUGAUGUGAACAAAACUCCCAAUAUUGCUGUCCUGGGAUCAGGAGGAGCUCUGCGGGCUAUGAUUGCCCUUUACGGGACACUGGUGGAGCUAAAGAAGCAUAAUCUGUUGGACUGCAUCACAUACCUAGCAGGAGUGUCAGGUUCUACCUGGUGCAUGUCAACCAUCUAUAAACAUGGAAACUGGACAGAAAAAAUAGAGUCCCUUGAAAAACUUCAGAUUGAAAAGCUUUCUCAAAACAAGUGGAAUGUGAAGGAGGCAACAUCAGCUGUAGCAGAUGCUGCAAAUGAAGAAAACUACUCUCUGACUGAUAUCUGGUCUUAUUUAAUUGUGCACCAGUUGCUAAAUGAGUUGGAUGAAACUGAGCUGUCCUCACACACAGCAACUUCAGAAAGAGGGAAAACUCCUUAUCCCAUCUAUGCAGCUGUGGACAAAAACACCUACAAUAAACAACAUGAAGGCACCUGGUUUGAAUUUACCCCACAUGAAGUCGGAGUUCCUGGCCUAGGAGCAUACGUAGACCUUAGUCUCUUUGGGAGUGUAUUCGAAAAUGGGCAACUGCUUGAAGAGAAGAAGGAGAAAAACAUCUGCUAUCUGCAGGGUUUAUGGGGAAGUGCCCUUGGCAGUGAGAGAGAAAUUUAUGAGUCUAUAAAAGAUUCCUUAGGGUUAUUUCCAAACCAGGACAGAUCAAGAGCUGGAGAUACUUGGGAUUACCAGGUUGUUAGCACAUUCUACCAGGCUUAUCAGUGUAUCGUGGAGUUGCAUCUGCGGGUAGUAGAUGGAAAAGAAGUGGAUGCCAUUUUUGACCAACUGGAAAAGCUCCUGAACACCCCCAAGACCAAGAGAAGCUAUGAAAUGACCCAAAAGAUGCGUAAGACCUGGUCUUCUUCAGAUGCAACAAAAAGAAAGAAUGACUGUAUCGCGUUGGGCAAAGCUCUGGAAAAGGAUUUUGGAGUACUGGACAUGAUUCUGGGCAAGCCUUUGGAAAUUAUUAAAGAGUCAAAGGUUCUGGAGAAACCUUUGGAAGUAAUUAAAGAUAACAAAGUAGUGGACAAGAUCGUGGACAAUGUGGAGAAACCUGUGGAAGUAAUUGCAGAUAAAGUAGUGGACAAGGUUGUGGACAAACCUCUGGAAACAAUUAAAAAUGGCAGCCAAGCGAUUUCAAGUGCAAUCUCUUCUGGAAGUAAGAGGAUUGGUCAGUUGAUCCCGAGGGGAAAACCUCCAUCAGAACAGCCAACAGAAGCUGCCAGUGCUGGCUAUCGGGUGCUACGUUUUCUCAAUGUGGUGAGAAAGACUUAUUCCUGCCUUUUGACCUGGACGUGGGGAACCAUCAACAACUUCCUGUAUAAAUGCUCUGGUGUUGAUUCUCCUGCCUUGACCGAGGAACCAGUCAUCAGUCUGAUUGACGCAGGCUUGGCCAUAAACACUCCUUAUCCACUUAUUUUACACCCUGAGAGGAAUGUGAAGCUGAUCCUCUCCUUUGACUUCAGCUCUGGAGAUCCUUUUGAGACGCUCAAAAAAACGGUUGACUACUGUAAAACACAUGGAAUCCCGUUUCCCAGGAUUGAUGAGAAAGAGUUGAAUGACACAGAGAAUCCGACAGACUGCUACAUUUUCAGAGGGGAUAAUGGCUUAACUGUCAUGCAUUUCCCACUGUUCAACAAAGUCAACUGCCCAGAAAAAAUUGCAGAAUACAGGGAUCAGUUUUCCACCUUCAAGAGGAACUAUACCCGUGAGGAAAUUGAAAAGCUCAUCCUUGCAGCAAAGAAGAAUGUCAUCAAUGUUCGACAAAAGAUUGUGGAAGAGAUCAAGCGUACUGUGGGAUCACAGCGUGCUUAAGCAAAUAGCUUCCAUUUUAACCAUUGCUUAAAAGCUGGUUUGUACAAUGGUGUGUGUGUGUGUGGCUUUGUUUCGUGUUUUUUUUAAAAAACUUAAGCAUACUUCCAAUCAUCAUUUGUAUGGUUAAGUGUUAAGCAUGCGUUAAACAAUCAUAGUCAAAAGCAAGUUUCAUGAUCAAAGAGUCUGGAAAAUAUAAAAAUAGGAAAUUAUUGCAAGCCAUAUCUUUGACAUCUGGUUCAAGAAUUGUCACAGGGACACUCAUAUGCCAUGCUAUAUGUAAAAUAUACACAAUGGAGCACAGCGUGAACUGGGCUCUCUGUUCCAUUCCAUUUCAUUGACUUUAUACCCUUUAGUUUGGAUCAGAAAGACCAUCAGUCACUAUGUACCUUACAGUGCAGAAGAUGUUACUUGCAUCUAGGUGUUAGACGAAGAACCUCUUAGCGAUAUGAAGGAUAAGUUUUCUUCAUGAAUAAGAGCAGAAGAAGGUUCCUGCAAGGAGCAACUAUCCAUAUUCUUAAGAGAAAAAUAUACAUACUCAUUAACAUUUGUGGCUUUUUAAAAAUGAAAUGAUAAUCCCAUCAUUGAAAUGUGAUAGAAUCCUGAGGAAUUCUGAUACUAAGGCAGGAUUUUUUGCAGAUUUUUUCCACUGUUAGACAGGGAGAGGGAACUUGACAGGUUUGAAAUAUGUGAGGGAUGCUGGCUAUGAUGCUAAGCAGGCACAGAUCUGAAAUGUUAUGAAACCACUUUGGAAGUUCCUUAUCUCAAAAUCAAUUACCUCAGUCUAGCUUGGGGCACUAUGCGUGUGGAAACAACCUUUAGCAUGUAUUUUCAAAGUGGAUGUGGAACUCACAUGUGCAAACUAGCCCCGAUGAGUGAUUCUCCCAUGAGAUCUAAUAGCUAGGGUUGUAAGUUGAGAGGAAAACUAGAUCUUACAAUGGCCACAAGUCUGACCCAUGGCUGCUAACACCAUUUUAGAGAAGAAUUUGGCCAUUUAUAAGUGCUGUGAAAGCCUGAUCCUGAUCGGGCUUGUGGUGCAGUGAGAGUCAGAACACAUGAGACAAAAUACCUAGAUUCAACUCGUGUUCUCUUACCUAAAGGUUUGCCAGGAAGUGUAGGCGUCCUUGCAGCUUAAAGUUUAGCAUUUACAGUGCAGGCAUCCUUGCAGCUUAAAGUUUAGCACUUACAGUGCAGGCAUCCUUGCAGCUUAAAGUUUAGCAUUUACAGAGCAGCGAGGAGGGAAGUGCAGGCGUGGGGCACCUUUCCUCCCACUCUCAUGGCAUUUUCCCUUCUCCUCACCCGGCCUGGCCCUGCAGAGCGAUGCCUGGCUGCACCGGGAGACUUUAAGCUGCAAGGACCCCCACACAUCCCUCUCUGCUGCUCUGUAAAUGCUAAACUUUAAGCUGCAAGGACACCUGCACUUCUCCCUGCUGCUCUGUAAAUGCUAAACUUUAAGCAGCAAGGACGCGCCUACACUUCCCAACAAACCUUUAGGUAAGAGAACACGAGUUGAACCUAGGUAUUUCAUCUCGUGUGUUUCGACUGUGAGACCAGGCAAUAUUGUUUCCUUCCCUGUGUUUUUUCAGAUGCAGAAACAGUAGCUCAACAGAUAUUUCAAUAUUUGAAAAGGCACAAGGGAAGGACAAGACCACUUGCCCUCGUCACACCAGGGAGAGUUCUUCUCUAACAUGGUGGCCACAGGUCACAUCCAUGGUUCCCAUAACAUCUAGUUUGGCCCUUAGUUCCUUCAAAAUAUUAGAAUUCUGCCAAUCAGUUGUUGGGUAAGUGGGGCACUAGAUUCAGACUCUCUAAACAAUUGAACACCAAACAGAAGCUCAGCAGGAUGUUACCUAUAUUGAAAGAUCCACAAUUGUGCCUUGCAGUGUAAUAGCCACCAUUUUCAUAUGCCAUGGUCGUUUAUCAUACAUUGCUGGGUCCAAUGGAAUAUAGACCUUUCCUCUGUCACUGACUGAAAAUGGAGUAUUUCAAAGUACACUUUGGUCAGAGAAAUAGUUAUUUGGCAAGCAAAGAUACAAAGCAAGAGAGAAGUUUUUUGAAACGACCAUGUUGAGCAUAAAGCACAGAACUUGAUGUGAGAGUGGAAAAGCUUAGACUUGUGCCAAGAACAAUAGUGACACCUAGAGGGUGAUCAGUUUGGUGCAUUAUCAGUAUCAAUCUAUAUGUCAAUUGAGAAUUGGUAUAAUCAUACCAUAAAACUGAUUUGAACCAGUUACAAACAGAUGAGAUAAACAUUUAUAUUGUGGAAGGAGGUUUUGUCCUUAUGAGAGAAGCCAGAGAAAAUGAUAAGUUAGUCAUUUGAUCCAUUUUAAAUAGCUGCUGUUGAGGUAAUUAUGAAUUCUAGCCAGAUUACUCUGAUAUCUCUUUAUCUUAAUUAAUCCUCUUAAAUCUAGGAAUUCUAUUUCCUUAAUAUAAGCAUGCCUGUUUAUCAGCUGCUGAGUUGAAUGAUGAGAUAUUUAAUCCAUCUCCUUUCCCUCUCCGUAAGACAAUAUUUACUUAAUCAUGUUAUCUAUUACUUUCUUUGAAAUAUGUUAACAUUACAAAUAUUGUAUUUAGCAUUGUUUUUUAUUUAGUAAAAGCAUUUAUAACUUUU